AUGCAUGGCCCUCAAACUGGAACAUCAGCUCCCCACCGGGUCUCCAGCUGCAUGGUCUUAAACUGGAACAUCAGCUCCCCACAGGGUCUUCAGCUGCACGGCCCUCAAAUUGCAACAUCAGUUCCCCCCCGGGUCUCCAGCUGCACCACCUCAAACUGCAACAUCAGCUCCCUGCUGGGUCUCCAGCAGCACGGCCCUCAACCUGGAACAUCAGCUCACCCCACCGGGUCUUCAGCUCCACGGCCCUCAACUUGCAACACUGGCUCCCCACCGGGUCUCCAGAUGCACAGCCCUCAAACUGGAACAUCAGCUCCACCCCAGGUAUCCAGCUUCACGGCCCUCAAACUAGAACAUCAGCUCCCCGCCAGAUCUCCAGCUGCACGGCUCUCAAACAGGAACAUCAGCUCCCCACAGGGUCUCCAGCUGCAUGGCUCUCAAACAGGAACAUCAGCUCCCCACAGGGUAUCCAGCUGCACGGCCCUCAAACUGCAACAUCAGUUCCCCCCUGGGUCUCCAGCUGCACCACCUCAAGCUGGAACAUCAGCUUCUGCCCCGGGUCUCCAGCUCCACGGCCCUCAACCUGCAACACUGGCUCCCCACCGGGUCUCCAGAUGCUCGGCCCUCAAACUGGAACAUCAAAUCCCCACCGGGUAUCCAGCUGCACGGCCCUCAAACUGGAACAUCAUCUCCCCACCGCGUCUCCAGCUGCAUGGCCCUCAAAUUGCAACAUCAGCUCCCAGCAGAGUCUCCAGCUGCACGGCCAUCAAACUGGAACAUCAGCUCCCCCGCGGGUCUCCAGAUGCACAGACCUCAAACUUGAACAUCAGCUCCUCGCCGGGUCAUCAAUUGCACGGCCCUCAAACUGGAACAUCAGCUCCACCCCUGGGUCUCCAGCAGCACGGCCCUACAACUGGAACAUCAGCUUCCCCCUGGGUCUCCAGCUGCACAGCCCUCAAACUGGAACAUCUGCUCCCCACCGGGUCUCCAGCUUCACGGCCCUCAAACUGGAAUUUCAGCUCCCCACCGGGUCUCCAGCUGCACGGCCCUCAAACUGGAACAUCAGCUCGCCGCCAGAUUCAAACUGUUCCAGUUUGAGGGCUGUGCAGCUGGAGACCCAGUGGGGAGCUGAUGUUCCAGUCUGAGGGCCGUGCAGCUGGAUACCCAGUGGGGAGCUGAAGUUCCAGUUUGAGGGCCGUGAAGCUGGAGACCCGGUGGGGAGCUGAUGUUCCAGUUUGAGGGCCUUGCAGCUGGAGACUUGGGGGUUGCCGAUGUUGCAGUUUCACGGCCAUGCAGCUGGAGACCCGGGUGGGAAGCGAUGUUCCAGUUUCGGAGCCAUGCAGCUGGAGGCACUGUGGGGAGCAGAUGUUCCAGUUUCAUCUUCCUCCCUGGGUCUCCAGGUGCACGGCCAUCACACUGGAACAUCAGCUCCCCAGCCCUCAAACCGGAACAACAGCUCCCCGCCAGAUCUCCAGCCACACAGCCCUCAACAUCAGCUCCUCCUCGAGUCCUCAGCUGCACAACCCACAAGUUAGAACAUCAGCUUCUCCCCAAGUCUUCAGCUGUGCGACCCUCAAUCUAGAACAUCAGUUCUUCUCUGGGUCUGUAGCUGCAAGACCCUGAGGCUACAUCAGCUUCUCUCCGGGUCUGCAGCUGCAAGACCAUCAAACUACAACAUCAGCUUCCCUCCAGGUCUCCAGUUCCAUGACCAUAAAUCUAGAACAUCAGCUCCUCCCUGAGUCUCCAGCUGAAAGAACCUCAACGCCAACAAUAUCAGCUCCUCCCUGAGUCCUCAACUACACGACCCCCAAACUACAACAUAAGCUCCUCCCCGAGUCUUCAGCUGCAUGACCCACAAUUUAGAACAUCAGCUUCUCUCCAGGUCUGCAGCUGCAAGAAUCUAAAACUAGAACAUCAGCUCCUCCCUGGGUCUGCAGCUGGAAGAUCCACUAACUAGAACAUCAGCUCCUGUCCGGGUCUCCAGCUCCAUGAUGCUCAAUCAUGAUUAUCAGCUCCUCCGUGACUCUCUAGCUGAAAGACCUUCAACGCAAACAACAUCAGCUCGGGCCUGAGUCCUCAACUGCAUGACCCUCAAACUACAACAUCAGCUCCUCUCCGAGCCUUCAUCUGCACGACUCUCAAACUAAAACAUCAGAUCCUCCCCAAGUCUUCAGCUGCAUGACCCUCAAUCUAGAACAUCAGCUCCUCUGCGGGUCUACAGCUGCAAGAACGGAAAACUAAAACAUCAGCUUCUCCCUGGGUAUGCAUCUGGAAGAUCCACUAACUAGAACAUCAGCUUCUGCCCAGGUAUCCAGCUCCAUCACCCUCAAUCAAGAUUAUCAGCUCCUCCCUGAGUCUCCAGCUGAAAGACCCUCAACACAAACAAUAUCAGCUCCUCCCUGAGUCCUCAACUGCACGACCCUCAGACUACAACAUCAGCUCCUCCCCGAGUCUUCAGCUGCAUGACGCUCAAUCUAGAACAUCAGCUCCUCUGCCGGUCUGCAGCUGCAAGAAUGGAAAAUUAAAACAUCAGUUCCUCCCUGGGUCUGCAUCUGGAAGAUCCACUAACUAGAACAUCAGCUCUUGUCUGGGUCUCCAGCUCCAUGACCCUCAAUCAACAUUAUCAGCUCCUCCAGCUGAAACACCCUCAGAGCCAACAAUAUCAGCUCCUCCCUGAGUCCUCAACUACACGACCCUCAAACUAAAACAUCAGCUCCUCCACGAGCCUUCAGCUACAUGAUCCUCAAUUUAGAACAUCAGCUCCUCUCCGGGUUGGCAGCUGAAAGAACCAAACAGAAGAAAAUCAGCUCCUCUCUGGAUCUACAACUGGAAGAUCCACUAACUAGAAGAUCAGCUCCUGUCUGGGUCUCCAGAUCCAUGACCCUCAAUCAAGAUUACCAGCCCCUCCCUGAGUCUCCAGCUAAAAGACCUUUAACUCGAACAAAAUCAGCCCCUCCCCGAGUUCUCAACUGCAUGACCCUCAAACGACAACAUCAGCUCCGCCCCGAGUUUACAACUGCACGACUCUCAAACUAAAACAUCAGUUCCUCUCCGAGUCUUCAGCUGCAUGACCCUCAAUCUAGAACAUCAGCUCCUCUCCGGGUCUCCAGCUGCAAGAACCUAAAACUAGAACAUCAGCCCCUCUCUGGGUCUGCAGCUGGAAGAUCCACUAACUAGAACAUAAGCUCCUGUCCUGCUCUCCAGCUCCAUGACCCUCAAUCAAGAUUACCAGCUCCUCCGUGAGUCUCCAGCUCAAAGACCUUCAACGCGAACAACAUCACCUCCUACUCGAGUCCGCAACUGCACGACCCUCAAACUGCAACAUCAGCUACUCCCCGAUCUUCAGCUGCAUGACCCUCAAUCUAGAACAUCAGCUCCUCUCUGGGUCUGCAGCUGUAAGGACCUAAAACUAGAAAAUCAGCUCCU